AUGCUAUUAUUUGUAAUAUUAAUCCAGAUUUCUAAAGAAACAAUUACAUAUGAUUCAUAGGCUUUUACUUAAUUUUCUUAUACAGAAUCAGGAUUUAACUGUGAAAAUGGAUAUACAAAAACGAAUGUAAUUCCUUUUACAAAUACUUUUUAAACUGCUCCCUAGAUAAUCUUUUAUUUUACAACAUUAGAUUAUAAUUUUUCUGGCCAAACUGAGGUGGACAUAGAAUUACUUAGUGUAACUUAGACAGGUAAAUAAUAAUAGUAUUAGACUUUACAUUAAAAAUAAAAUGCCCUUAUAAUAAGGUCAAUUCUUAUCGAAUUUAAUGGUUUGCCAUAGAUGAUCAUCGUUUACAGGUAAUUACAGUGAAUAAAUAAAUUCCUUUUACUUCAAAAUAAUAUCCAAUUCAAAACCCGAAUCUUAAAAAAAGGAGUUAUUUCUUUUUUUUCGUUUUCUUAUAGUGGAGCAUUUAAUAUAGAUCUUUCUGUAAAGUAUUAUUAUAUUGUAGAUAACUGAAAUAACAUCUAAUUAUGUUACAGUUGGUAUGAAUAGUGAUUGUUAAAAUCUAAUUUCCGUGAGUUAUCAAAUAAUAUUAGGAACUGAAGAGUUUCUAACUUUAUUAGAUUAAACUUCAUCUUCAAUUGAUUACAAUAGUUAAUAAUUCGAUAAAUUGGCAAAUAAUUACUUUGUGAUUGCUUAUAUGUAGUUUACAACUUCUCUUUUGAAUAUAAGAUAUCGAAUUACUCUCAGUUCUACUUCAACUUAGAUCAGCUAUGCCACUUAAUCAUGUAAAUACUUAUAAAUUAAUUUAGGGAGUACAAAUACUUAUCCAAUGAAUAAAAUCCAGCCAUAUUUUCUAAAAUAUGGUGAAGGGUCGAUUUUAUUGGCAAUGGAAUGUUUCACCGCAAGAAUAAGCAAAUUGUUUGAUAUGACAGCAGAUUAAAAACCAGCUUUUUAAAUGAAAAUUUUAGAAAUCAAUAAACUUUAUAAUUCAAUUGGAUCAGAAACUGUUGUUUUUGGAGGAUUAAUUUAAAUAAUAAAUAUUCAAAUUUAUUAUAAAUGUCCAUCAAAUAAUAAAAAGGUUCAUAGUGAGAUAAAUAAAUGUAAUACUUGUAGUGGAAGUAAUAAGAUUUAUAACUUAAAUCAUUUUUGUCAUGGAUCAAUCAAUUCAAUAAAUAUUUAUGCUAAAUAUUAAGCUUAAGCAAAUAACAAAGAAUUACAAAUAACCUUAACCAGCAAUAGUAUAUCUAUUGUUUAAACAUUAAGAAAUUAGAUUGUGACAGUGUAGAAUAUAUUAAAAGUAGAAUUUUUAGAUAUUUGA